AUGUCUGCCGCCGACACACCCGCUGCGGCCACAAUGCACCAGCACCACCACGCUCCCUCGCUUUCGGGCGAUCUCAAGCGCAAGCGGAGUCCUUCACACGACCACGUUCAUCCCGCUGCCGCGCAAAAGGCUGCCAAGACGUCGAGCAACCACCUACAGAUCAACUACCUCGCCCGCCAAUGCGAGAACGACCUGCCGCUUCUUACCAACGAUGACACCCUGCCCAACAUCUUGUCUCUGCUCAGCGACUACCAGGGCGUGCUGGACCGCCACGAGAGCAUGGCCUGCAACCUCGGCGCCCGCCCGCUUGGUCCUAUCUUGAUCAAGAGAUUUGAGCGUUUGUUCGACGGCCCGCCACGCGUCUUGAAGAGCCAUGGCAGGGACGGUACUACAGUGACGUGGCUGGAUGUGGUCGAGUUUGCGCGCAACAAGCCCGAGCAAUUCCAGCUAGGACAGAUGAGCGAGGGCAUAAGAGUUUGUCAAUUCUACACCAAGCAGUGUCGCGUCCAGAUAUCGGAAGAGGACUUUGUACUCAUUUCCUCGGGCAUUCCGCAGAAGAUGAUCCCACCGCAACCCAUCAUCGAAGACGAAGAGAAGGAACUGGGCACACUCGAGAUUUUGGAGCGCAAUUUGGGGCAGAUCUGUCAAUUGGCCGAUCAAGUCGCUGCCCGAACGCGCCAACUCAAUCAUAGGCUCAAGGGGCGGAAACAAGCUAUUCUUGAUCGCAGAGCCACCGCUAGUCCCGCUCCGCCUAUCCGCCCCUCAAGUCCUUCCAAUGUCGCGCUAAUGAACGGAGCAUCCCAAGUGGCCGCGAACCACACACAUGCUAAUCCGUCAACCCAAUCUUCUCCUGGCGGGUUCGUGGCAGUUAAUUCUCGCCCUCGCGCCGAGAAUGGCGCUUCGAGGGACACCAGACAUGAACUCAUGUCCAAAUUCCAUACCACGACCGAGCGGCGGACACCGUCUCAGCCUUCAAAUGGUUCCGUCGAUGCUCGACGGCCGUCGAUGGGCUCCCAUAGUCUCUCACACUCUGCGCCACCACCACCACCCCAUGUACCCAAACCCCCAAAACCAGCCGACUUGGGACCUUCUGCUCUUGCCCAACAGCGACCGUCACAUAUGUCCGACUCAGAACUCCAUCAGGUCAUGAACUCGCCCGUGCCAAUACCGAACACACCAACUAGUCUCCUCCCCGCAGCCAGCCAGCGUGCCCAGCAACCCCAAGACAAAGACGACGGUGGGCCCUUCAAAGCGGAAAUGGUCCACCGCAUGGAGAGCCUUGCCAAAGGCGAGCGUAUCCUUCCACCAUGUGAUCGCUGUCGCAGACUGCACAUGGAUUGCCUCAAGAACCUGACUGCGUGUAUGGGCUGCACCCGGAAGCAUGCAAAAUGCUCAUGGCGUGAAGUGCGCGGAAACGAGAUCCGUGGCUCCUACUCGCACCCCCCUUCGACUGGCAUAAUCAGCAGCAUGCACAGCGAGAGCGAUGAAGGCGAAGUUGGCUCCGGUCAUGGUAACGGCAUGCAUGUUGAGAGGGCGAGUACAGGGAGUCCAGCGGGCAUGUUGAGUCCACAGCGAGGUGGGCUGACACCCUCACAUGUUGGUCCGUCGCCGGCGCCGCAACCACAACAUCUGCCCCCCGAACACCGCAUACCUUCAUCGCGCAACUCGCCACCGCCCCACGAGAGGGAGCCUAGUCGAGGCGUAGAAGCGCAACUCCAAGAGGCUGCAAAAAGUGGUCUUGCGCACGCAAGCGCGAGGUUAGCCGGGCCUCCUGAAAGUAGUAAACCGCCCGAGUAUCAAGCUAUGGUCGCUUGA